AUGUCUUUCAGCACUUCAGACGAGAAUUUUUUGGAACUUACCACUCCGUUGACUUCCGAAGUCCCUGCUUGUUUUAAAGGUUUAGAAAAACCGUGGGCUGAACUUAUAAAAGACGGAAGAGAUUUUCGUAAAGAACCUUGGUUUGAAACACACAUUAAAUUAGCAAAAAAAGAAAAUAUUACACCUCUAGAACAUUUUGCCAAAUUUGUAAGACGUACAGAGGAAGUGCUACAAGAGGACGAAAAAGAACUUGAUUGUGGUGAUGCCCCCUCGUCGCCAAAUAAUUCUGACUCGAGACGCUCUCGUCAAUAUUGA